AAAGAAAAGAAAGCAUUCAUAAUUGCAGAGAGUCCAAUGUUUAAUACAGCUAGAAACUUCUGGAAGAUGAUUGAUGAUAGAAAUGUGACUGCUAUUGUAAUGUUAUGCCAUGAAAAUGAAAACAAUCAAGAAGUUUGCUAUCAGUACUGGCCUUCAACACCGAGUGGAAUAAUAUUAGGAGAAUACAAUAUUAAACUAUUGAGUGAAGAAACGUAUAAUGGAUAUAUUGAAAGGAAAUUGGAAGUUAAUAAUAAUACUGGUGCUACAGCGCAAAGUGUAACACAGUAUCAGAUAACAAAUUGGGAUUCAACUGGAAAGGUGACUAACCCUCAGACUAUACUGUUGGUAAUAGAAGAAAUGUACAGAACACAAAGGAAAAGAGGAAACACAAGCAUUGUAGUACACUGCAGUGAUACAGUUGGUCGUUCAGCAAUGUUUUGUGCAGCUGCUACAACAAUUAAUAAAUGUAAAACUGAAGGAGUCAUUGAUGUAUUUCAAGUACUCAAAAGUCAACGUAUUCAAAAACCAGGCAGUGUACAGACUGUUCAACAAUAUCAAGGGAUAUUUCAGAUUGUACUGACCUACUUGGAUUCAUUUGAGGCAUAUUCAAAUUUCACUGCUUAGAAAUUUUUGACAUGUUUUUAUUAUACCAUAUUU